GUUUCGCCGCUACAUCCAAUGAGAAGGGCAGACGGCGAGCUCCAAUCCGAAGCGAUUCGGCGUCAUGGGCAGCCAAUGGGAGUUCGUGUAGAAGCGAGUCUGCUCAACAGCUUGUUAUUUGGUGGAUUGUGGCAGUAAAUCGGGGCGAGUGGGGAACCCGGCGCAGGAACUGCUGCUGCGGCCGGGAGCGGUGCUGCCCGGAAGGGAGACCACGGCGGCCGGCGGGGCGGCGGACUGGAGGGCUGACAGCGCUCUGCACCCGCAGGAGCGCCCGGGGACGAGAACUCCUGGAAGCUGGAACCCCACAGGUCACCAGUCAAGAUGAAGGCGGCAGAUGAGCCUGCCUACCUCACAGUGGGAACUGAUGUCAGUGCCAAGUACCGAGGAGCCUUCUGUGAGGCAAAGAUCAAGACCGUGAAAAGGCUGGUGAAAGUUAAGGUACUUCUGAAACAGGAUAACACAACACAGUUGGUGCAAGAUGAUCAAGUAAAGGGCCCUUUAAGAGUUGGAGCUAUUGUUGAAACAAGGACAUCUGAUGGAUCCUUCCAGGAGGCUAUUAUCAGCAAGUUGACGGACGCUAGCUGGUAUACUGUGGUGUUUGAUGAUGGCGACGAGAAAACUCUGAGGCGGACCUCACUUUGCCUGAAAGGGGAGAGACAUUUUGCCGAGAGUGAGACCCUUGACCAGCUUCCCUUAACAAACCCAGAACACUUUGGAACGCCAGUCAUUGCAAAGAAGACAAACAGAGGGAGGAGGUCUUCACUUCCUAUCACUGAAGACGAGAAGGAAGAAGAAAGCAGCGAGGAGGAGGACGAGGACAAGCGGCGUCUCAACGACGACCUGUUGGGGAAAGUUGUGAGCGUGCCAUCCACGGCGGAGAGCUGCGAAUGCUGCCCUGCUCUGGUCAUCUCUCCCAGCUGCAAUGAUGACGUCACAGUGAGAAAGGAUCAGUGUUUAGUUCGCUCAUUUAUUGAUUCUAAAUUUUACUCUAUCGCAAGAAAGGACAUUAAGGAGCUAGACAUCUUCAGUCUACCAGAAUCUGAGCUCUGCGCGAAGCCAGGGCUGCGCAGAGCAAGCGUCUUCCUAAAAGCUAGAAUUGUUCCUGAUAAUUGGAAAAUGGAUAUAAGUGAAAUCCUUGAGUCAUCCAGCAGUGAUGAUGAGGAGUGCCCAGCUGAGGAAAAUGAAGAGGAGAAGGAAAAGGAGGCCAAAAAGGAGGAAGAAGAGCUGCCCGAGGAAGAGCCUGAUCCUGAAGAGAGGGACAACUUCCUCCAACAGCUUUAUAAGUUUAUGGAAGACAGAGGCACUCCCAUCAACAAACCACCUGUUUUGGGCUAUAAGGACCUCAAUCUCUUCAAGCUCUUCAGACUGGUCUACCACCAGGGGGGAUGUGACAAUAUUGACAGUGGUGCUGUGUGGAAGCAAAUUUAUAUGGACCUUGGCAUUCCAAUUUUGAAUUCAGCUGCUUCCUACAAUGUAAAAACUGCUUAUAGAAAGUAUCUCUAUGGUUUUGAGGAGUACUGCCGCUCUGCAAAUAUUCAGUUCAGAACUAUUCACCACCAUGAACCAAAAGUAAAAGUGGAAAAAAAAGACUUCGAAGAAUCAAUGGAAGAGGCUGUAAAAGUGGACCAGGAAAUGCCUUUAAUGGAAUUGAAGAGUGAGCCUGAGGAGAAUACUGAUUCAAACAGUGAAAGUGACAGAGAAGACGUAGAACUAAAGUCUCCAAGAGGGCGAAGGAAAAUUGUUCGAGAUGCAAAUUCUAUUAAAAAGGAAAUAGAAGAAGAGAAAAUAGAAGACCAAUUCGUCAAAGAUGACAUAGAAAAUAAGGAUGUCGGUGAUGACUAUGAAACAGCAGAGAAAAAAGAAAAUGAGCUGCUACUCGGGAGGAAAAGUACACCAAAGCACAAAGAGAAGAAAAUUAAAAAGCAAGAGGAUUCUGAGAAAGAGUCAGAUGAAGAGGAAGAGAAAAGCCAAGAGAGGGAAGAAACUGAAAGCAAAUGUGACUCGGAAGGGGAGGAAGAUGAGGACAGCACAGAGCCUUGCCUGACAGGAACCAAAGUGAAAGUGAAGUAUGGACGAGGAAAAACUCAGAAAAUUUAUGAAGCCAGCAUUAAAGGCACCGAGAUGGAUGACGGGGAGGUUCUGUACCUGGUGCAUUAUUAUGGAUGGAAUGUCAGAUACGAUGAAUGGGUAAAGGCUGACAGGAUAAUCUGGCCCUUGGACAAAGGUGGACCAAAGAAAAAACAAAAGAAAAAAGUUAAGAAUAAAGAAGAUAGUGAAAAGGACGAAAAGAGGGAUGAAGAGAGGCAGAAGUCCAAACGGGGAAGACCUCCUUUAAAAUCCGCCUUUUCGUCAAGCAUGCCAUACAGCUUGUCUAAGACGUCAAACAGUGAGGGGAAAUCAGACUCUUGUUCGUCAGAGAGUGAAACAGAAGACCCUUUGGAGAAGAGCUCGAUAAGUGAAGAACUUUCUCCUGAUAUUAAAGAAGAAUUGGAAAAAAGUGAAAAUUUAAAUGAUGAUAAACUAGAUGAAGAAAACCCAAAGAUUGUACAUAUAUUAAAAGAAAACGACAGGACUCAGAUGCUGCCCUUGGAGACCCUGCAGGCAGAAGGGGAAGACAGUGAUCAAACAGGACACGUCUUUGGAAACAGAGUGGAUCAAGCGGAAGAAGCUAAGAGACAGGUGGAAAAGUCUCCUAAAGGAAAGGGAAGGCGGAGCAAGACAAGAGAGCUUUCUUUAGAAAUGAUGAAGACAUCGUCGUUCAGCCCGGAAGAGGCAGGCGGCGAAGCACAUGGGGACACUCACAGCCUGGAGUUUUCUUCACUAGACUGUAAAAACUUUUCUUCUACUGAAGAUGAAGUCGACCAAUACGAGAAAGAAAAGAAGCUGAAACGGAAAAUUCUGGGGCAGCCAUCACCAGAGAAGAAAAUAAAACUUGAGAAUGGAAUGGAAGCGACAGUGGGCACAGCCCAAGAAAGGGCCAACGAUGGCGUCGGAGCUGAGGGCACGAGAGGCUCACACUUGGAGCAGCACUUUGAACAUGAAGGGAUGCCAUCACUGAGAGCAGAACCAGACCAGGGCAUCCGAGAACUAACCAGUGAACAGGUGGACAGUCCAGCUGAAGAACCCGUCCACACGCCACUCAAAGAGGAGGACGUGAUGCCUUUGAUCGGGCCUGAGACCUUGGUUUGCCAUGAGGUAGACUUGGAUGAUUUGGAUGAGAAGGAUAAGACCAGUAUUGAGGAUGUGGUAGUUGAAGGCUCCGAGGCUAACUCUCUGGUUUCUGUUCCACCUGCCCUACCUCCUGUAGCACAGCAUAACUUUUCAGUAGCUUCCCCACUUACUCUCAGCCAAGACGAGUCCCGAAGUGUAAAGAGUGAGAGCGAUAUAACCAUUGAAGUUGAUAGCAUUGCCGAAGAAUCUCAAGAAGGCCUCUGUGAGAGGGAAGCAGCAAACGGGUUUGAAGCCAGCGUUGCCCCUGGUACCUGUAGUAUAAUUGUACAAGAGAGAGAGAGCAGAGAGAAGGGUCAGAAAAGGCCAAGCGAUGGAAAUGGUGGAUUAAUGGCAAAAAAGCAAAAGCGAACCCCAAAGCGAACAAGUGCUGCAGCCAAAAGUGAAAAGAACGGAGCAGGACAAAGCAGUGACAGUGAGGAUCUUCCCGCCAUCGACAGCUCGAGCAAAUGCACACCGGUGAAGCACCUUAGCCUGCCCAAGCCACAGAAGCUGCCUCGCUCCCCUGCAAGAAUCUCACCUCACAUCAAAGACGGCGAGAAAGAGAAACACAGAGAAAAGCACCCAAACUCCUCUCCGAGGACGUACAAGUGGAGCUUCCAGCUCAAUGAGUUAGAUAAUAUGAACAGUACAGAGAGAAUCUCUUUUCUCCAAGAGAAACUACAGGAAAUCAGAAAGUACUACAUGUCUUUGAAGUCUGAAGUUGCAACCAUCGACAGAAGGAGGAAAAGAUUGAAAAAGAAAGACAGAGAAGUGCCUCAUACAGGAGCCUCUCUGUCAUCGGCUUCAUCAGACACUGGAAUGAGUCCUUCUUCAUCCUCUCCCCCCCAAAAUGUACUUGCUGUAGAGUGCAGGUGAUGAACACUGUCUCCACCUUCCAGCAGUUUGCUGCCAUGGACAUAAAUUCCCAAACCCUGAAAUUCAACCACAGAAAGCACUCAGCCAGCUAAGUAUAUCCUGUAUAUUUUUCCAGGGUUGUAUCUAUACCCUCUUCUCUUCUUUUUUAUUGUUGCAAAAAAAUAAGCUUAUUAAUAAUUGAAGGUUAGGCGGCCUGCCAUACUGGUCAUAAUUUUUCCUCUGUAUUUUUUUUUUCCUUUUUUGUGAUAGAGAAGAAAAGGGCACUUAGCAGAUUUGAAUUUGUGUAAUGACGCUUUCAGGUGUUCUAGGAAUCAUAGACAAGCGAGUGCACGUGAAGAGCAGCGGCACAGUAGCGCUGAGUAGCUUCUGCACUCUCACGGAGCUGCGUUUGAACACUUGCGAGUAGGGGUUUACUUUGUGUUCCUCUUUUUUUAUUAUUAUUGUUACUGUUGAUUUUUUUUUUUUUUAAUUUCAAUUUUCGUGGAAGCACUUGCUAUAUAGAACUGCCAAAGUAUAUGUUCAGCAGUGUGCCCAGGUUUAAAAGUGUAAAUGGGACAAAAUAAAUUGUGAAAGGAAGUGUAGUUGACUGAAAACUGCAGUUGUAAUAAGUCUUCCACUUUUUAUAGGACUUUUGAGCACACAAUUAUGCAAAUAUUUUAAUGUUUAUUAAUGUUUACAGUGGAAUUGUGAAUAAGUUUUCAGUGGACUAUCUUAUCCCUUGACAAAAAUAUUUUGUCUUUUUUCUAUGUAAUUUCAGAGUUUUUAUUUUGUUACAAAAAUGCAAAAAUGAAAUAUAUAACAAUAAUGAAGUUAUUUAACAAGAUUUCUAAAGCUGAAAAUUUUGUGUAAAAUAAGGUAUUAUCUUGCAACUUGUUAAAUAUAUUUAUUCAGACAUUGGAUGGUUGUAUUUUUAUGUAUUUUUUAAAAUAUUAAUAAAAUUGAAAAAAAGAAAAUUCUAGGUUAACUCACUCUUUGGAUGGCAGUAGUUCCCAGCUGUCCCUGUCGCAGGGGCUGCCCUCGCAGCCGUGUGCGCUGGAAGGAGCCUGUGUCAGCCUUCCCAGCAGAGCAGCUGCAGGUGGCAUCUGGAUCACGCGAGUGUGUCCUUGUGGAGGAACUUUGGCAGUCCUCAUAUUUACACUUUUUUGAGGAUCAAAUUUUUGGUUGCCCUUAAGAUGCUUUGUCACAGUUUUUAUGUUUGCUGUACUGCCGAAUAAAUUUCUAUCUCCCAAAGUCGAGAUGCAACAGUUACGUAAAGCCACUAUGUAUGCCUUGUCUGUGAAUUGUUCCACAGACUGAUACAUUUGUAAAUAAUUCUUCCAAAAUCAUGUAUUUAAAGCAGUUUUGCAUAUACAUUAUGUAAAAAGGUGAUUUUUUUAAAACACUUUUUAAAUUCAUGUUUGUACAUUAAAAGGGGUUGUUCUGAAACCUCCUCUUCUGUGUUUCAUGCUGUGGCGUGAUGAGCUGGGGGCCGCAGACUGGCGGAAGGCAGAGGCACGGCGCGCUGCGGUGGCAGAGCAUCACUGAAAUCAUUGUUUCUCAACUUCAUUUCGCCACAUUGUGAACCUGUGAUUCAGAUUUCUUCCAUUUUCUCAGAGAAUUAAAACAAAGAAGUACUCUUGUAAUCCGAACUUUCCUGUCUCUUCUUUGCAAAGCAGAAGUAUCUGAACGUAAAGUAAACGGGCGCUUAGUGGGCGUGUCUUAAACACAGGCUUUCCAUUUAUAGUUUCCCUUUUUUAAGUGACUUUUUUUCUAAAUGCCAGUAGCUUAUAGUUGGGAAAUUAGAUUCUACAAAACUAAUCGUUUCAGUAAAUUCUUCAAUUUUUAAAAAUACUUCUAGUACUUACAAAAAUGAAGUGUCACUCAAAAGUAAUUGGAACUAGUAGACAACUUUAGUUAUGUUAAGUGAUUUUCUUCAGUCACAGUUCGGUAAAUCUGAGAUAACUCACUAGUUUGAAUACUGUCCCUCUUAGCUGGUAGAAAUUUGGCACCAAAAUAUUGGGAUGUAGCUACAGAAGACUAAAUUAAAUAUUCACUAAAUACGUAUUUAGAUGCUUAACUAUACCAUUUUAUUAGGGGGCUAGGAAUAAAAUGUAAAAUUGAGACUUGAUUAGACAUUACAUUUCCAAUGUUGGGCUUAUUUUGAAUUUACCUAAACUUUGAAUAAACUUUGAAUAGAUUAUUGCAUGUGACUAAGAAAGUAAAAGUAUAAAGAUGUUAUAUAAACAAAAGGAAUGUACUACCUAUACAAACAAGGCAUCCAAAAAUUACAUAGCUUUCUAUGUUAGUAUUCUUUUGUAUGCCUUUAUUGUUUGUUACUUUUAUUAAAUUUCCAGUCUUUCACUGAGAAAAAGAGCAUUUUAAAAGACUGUUAAUUACCACAGCUAUCAAAUUGGCUUACGUCAUAGAAAUCCAUGACUUAAAAAUUUUUCUUAGGUACUUUGUCUUGUGGGUCCCAUAAUUUAACCUUAAUGUCAAACAUCCGAUGCUGUAUUUAACAUCAUGCAAAAACUAUUAGCAGAGCUGAUCCAUUAGCAGUCUAUGGAGUAUCUUCUGUAUCUGACAUUACAUCGUGAUGCAAAGACUCAGCCACGUGAGUGAGCAAGACAGAGGUUCCCGUGUUCCUGGAAUGUGUGGGAUCAGGACCACAGGAAGAUGGAGACAGUGGUGCCCAAGCUUAGACCAACGUCCAGCCAGUUAGCUUGAUGUUCAUAGGACUUCAAAGAUGCUGAAGGAUGAAGAGACACGUGGCAGCUGCUCAGGAGCCAGCAGCCACCAGGACCCAGCAGUGGAAGACUUCCACCUCAGCCCGCUGGUCACUGGUUGGGCCUAAAGCUGGCUGUUUUCACUCAACUGUCUGCUGUGGACACCAUUUUGUGUUAAUGGACGGAAGAAAGCCGAGCUGCAAAGAACACUCCGAGAACCAGACCAGCUGCCUGAAUGAAGUUCCGACCGACUGAGUCACCUGGAAAGGACACUCUCCGGCCUGCAGAGCUGCCUGCAGGCUGUGCGGUAUGCUCCAGGUUCUCAGCCCCAGUGAGCUGUCCCCAUGAUGAGGUGGGCCCCGGUGAUGCAGCUAUCUUGGAGUCGUCUCUGCCCCUUUAAGUAUCCCUCAUCCAUGCUCCUGUAAGUAACGCCAUUAAAACUCCCUGGUUCACCGA